UUGUAGCACAGGAGGGCCUGUUCCGAGUUGUAGCGUAGUGUCUGCAUGACAUACCAUUUAUUUACCUUAUAGGAACGCGAAAUGUAAUGUGAAUUUUGGCAACAUACAUUAUUACCGAAGCCGAAGAUAUUUAAGAUUCAAAUUCUAGCUCCUUGGCGCCACGUGAGUGUGAUCAUCGACCCACAACAAAGAGCAUUUACGAGCGUGCGGAUUGUAGCAGGAGAUAUCAUCAAGAUGGAAAAUAAGACUGAAAAGGAGAAGGUUGAAAAAAUGCCCAUUGAUGAAAUGACAUCAAAGGACUACUAUUUUGACUCGUAUGCUCACUUUGGCAUCCAUGAAGAAAUGUUGAAGGAUGAAGUUCGAACGCUUACUUACCGAAAUGCAAUGUACCACAACAGACAUUUGUUUAAAGGCAAGACUGUUCUUGAUGUUGGAUGCGGUACAGGCAUUCUGUCCAUGUUUGCUGCGAAGGCUGGUGCUGCCAAAGUUUAUGGGAUUGAAAUGUCAAAUAUUGUAGAACAUGCUAAGAAAAUUGUAACUGCUAAUAAUCUUGAUAAUGUCGUGGAAAUAAUUCAGGGCAAAGUAGAAGAAGUAACUUUGCCAGUAGAGAAAGUGGAUAUAAUCAUCAGUGAGUGGAUGGGCUACUGCCUCUUUUAUGAGUCAAUGUUAGACACAGUCCUCUAUGCUCGUGAUAAGUGGCUGGCCACAGACGGAAUGCUCUUCCCUGAUCGGGCAACUCUUUUUGUUUCUGCAAUUGAGGACCGUCAGUACAAGGAUGACAAAAUCAACUGGUGGGAUAGUGUAUAUGGGUUUGACAUGUCUUGCAUCCGUGAAGUAGCCAUGACAGAACCCCUGGUGGAUGUAGUGGAAGCAAAGCAGGUUGUGACAAAUUCUUGUCUAGUUAAAGAAGUUGAUCUUUACACAGUGAAGAAGGAAGACUUAGCAUUCAGCUCACCAUUUCAUCUACAGGUCCGAAGGAAUGAUUAUGUACAUGCUCUUAUCGCUUAUUUCAAUAUUGAAUUUACAAAGUGUCAUAAGAGGACUGGUUUCUCUACAGCUCCAGAGGCACGAUACACACACUGGAAGCAAACUGUUUUCUACUUUGAUGAUUACCUGACAGUGAAACAUGGAGAAGAGAUUUUUGGAACCUUUACCAUGAAACCAAAUGAGCGUAACAAUCGUGACUUAGAUUUCCAAGUAGAAAUGGAAUUCCAUGGAGAACUGUCAGAAUGCAGGGAAUCUCACAAAUACAAGAUGCGUUAAAAGCAGUGCUGGUUUAUACUGUGAUCACUUGUCAGUCCACUGUAGGUGAUCAGCUUCUUUUGAAAUUAAGGAUCUAUUUCAUAAAGACUUUAUAAUGCAAGUGAAGGAAAUGUCUCAAGUCAGCAUAUGGUGUUACUAUUAUUGACAGGAAAAUCAAACACUUCAUGAAGCGCCAACUACUGAAGAUAACUUGAAAAUGGAUGAGCAUUAGACUCCGCCUCUCUUCCAGGAACUUGAAAAGAAUCCUGGUGGGUGAGCAUAAUCAUCUGCUUCUCCAGUGCUAGAGGAUUGAGCAAAGACUCCUGACCUCUCCUU